AUGACGCACUUUCUAGCAAGACACUUAGCUGUGAAUCAUCUGUAUUGGCAUUAUAGUGAAACUGGUCAUGGCAAAGGUGCACCUGAUGGGGUGGGUGCUGUUAUCAAACGAGAAGAUGAUCGUUUAGUUGCUAUGGGAAGAGACAUUCCUAAUCUUCAAAGUUUGGUAGAAAUGCUGAGUAAUUCGACAAAAGUGAUAGUCCUUAGUUUGAAUUCGAAGCACAUCGAAGAGAUAGAUAAUGUUGUUCCAGAUGAUCUGCCAGUCUUCCGAGGAACAAUGAAAGUACAUGAAGUAUGCUGGACUAUAAAUGCUCCAGACAUUUUACAAAUGAGACGGCUUUCAUGUAUCACUUGUAGUGCAGAUGAAGAGUGCAAGCAUUAUGGUUUGAGCAAAAUACAAUUUCCAGCAACUGCAGAUUUCCACAUGAGCAACUGUGACCGAUUACACUAUGAAGAUGUUUAUUCACCUUCUGGCAGUGAUAGUUCCGACGCCAUCCCACUUUCAGUUUUGAAAGACAAAAUUUCCACAACAUUCAAUGAAGGCAUGUAUGUUCUCGUAAAACUAACUGGAAAGAAGAUUAUCCGACACUACGUUGCUGUUAUUCUUCGCGUUGAAGGAAGCGGUGAAUAUAACGUCAAAUUCAUGAAGGCAACUGGAAGGAAAAUAUCUGGAAAGAAAACAUUUGUAUUUCCAGAACGAGAUGACAUUGCUGAUAUAGAUAUAUCAGAUAUACAAGUUGCAUUGGUUUGCCCGGAGCUCAAUGAGAAAACCAAUGGAUACAUUUUUUUGGAUAGCCUUGAUUACCCUAAUCUGUAUUAA